UUGAUGACGUUUUUCUCAGUGACCUACUGCUUUAGUUUUGAUUUAGAUCUCGGUUACUAGCAAAAUGCCAUAAUCUGCUGACCGUAACAACUCAUUGCCGUUUGAUGUUCCUAAUUUUAGUUGGUAGAUUACGUUCAUAAUAAAUAAUGGCUCCUGUAAUUGUGAGCUGAAAUGGUUGAACUUGACAGAAGUGUUUUUAAUAGUUUUCAUGACAUAAUCCAUCUGUCACCGUGAUUCAGUUUCCACACCAGGUCCACAUACAACACUGAAGUGUAAGAUACUGUGCAAAAGAUGUCGAAGACUAGUCAGUCAAAGUGUAUCAGGUUGUUCCUCUGCUCUUGGAAUGUAGGAUCUUCAAAGCCAGUGUCAAGUUUUGUUGAUGCUUUGAACUUGGAUAGCAAUGAUCUUCCAGAGCUUUAUGCUCUCGGACUACAAGAAGUUGAUGCUUACGAUUUACGUGUCGAUGAACAUGCAUGGUCAAAGGCUCUCUUGAAGGACCUUGGUGCUAAAGGUUAUGUACGGAUAAAAGUGCGAAGAUUACAAGGAUUGAUGACUUUUGUGUUCGUCAAAAGAUCCAUUCUUCCUUUUGUGUCAAGUAUUGAAUCUGAAGCAACGAGGACAGGUUUUGGUGGCUUGUGGGGUAACAAAGGAGGCGUCAGUAUUCGGCUUGAUGUGUUUGAUGUGAAUCUAAUCAUUGUCAACUCGCACCUUGCAGCUCAUCAAAACAAUGUCGCUGAAAGAAUGACUGAUUUUGACAGUAUAUUAGAUGAUCAAAGGUUCCGAGAUGAAGAUGUUGAAAACAUUUUAGACCAUGAUUACGUGUUUUGGAUGGGCGAUCUCAAUUUCCGACUCGAUGACCUUAGCAGAGAUGAGAUCCUAAAACAUGUAUCAGAGAAACAAUUUGAUAAGCUUCUCGAAAAUGACCAGCUUAUCAAGUGUUGCAAACAGAAGUUAAUGUUUGAGGACUUCCAUGAAGGUGAAAUAACAUUCCCUCCUACCUACAAGUUUGAUGUGGGAACAGAUGACUACGAUACAAGUCCCAAGCAGCGACUCCCGGCAUGGUGUGACCGGAUUCUGUGGCACGUCUAUGAUUCCAGUUACGACACCGUGCAUCUUGCCGUGAAGCCGCUUGGUUACACCAGUCACUCCGCGUACCAGAUCAGUGACCACAAACCAGUGACAGCCACCUUUGAGAUUAAUGUGUUUUCAACUCCAGUUGAGUCGCACAUAGUUUUCCAUUCUCCGAGUAAGAUCUCUGCUGGUGUUGAUAUGGUCGUCAAAUACUCGGUGAAUCAUUACAGUAAGGCCUCCACAUCAGACUGGAUCGGUCUGUACAAGUCUGAUUUCUCAAGUUUCCGAGACUACAUUACAUAUGUAUGGGCCGUAGACGACGCAGAGAAAAAGGUGACGAUCAAAGGCAGCUAUUUGAGAGUGAAGCCUGGAGAGUAUUAUCUGUGUUACCUCACAAGAAAAUACUCACUGCUAGGAAUGAGUGAGCCCUUUAGGAUUGAUUAAGUGGUUUUCACCAAAUGACGAAAGAAAUCCAUUUCUUAUUUUGAGUGUAUCGGCCAAGACUUAGUCUACCACCAUCAUGACGGUAACAUCAGAGUUCAGAUGAGCAUUCUACCACUGGCCCAUAAUCCACACCAACAGUAACAAAAGACAAUUGUCUUUUAGUGGCAUAGUGAGAGUGUGUGGCAAGGCAUAAUUUUCACUCUCCAUUAAAAUACAUUUCUCUGAAAACCAAACAGAUUUUCCCUAGGAAUAUUCUUCUGAUGAUUUACUUGACACUACAUGUAAUAGUUUAUGACAAGUAUAACAAGCAACAAAAAUUAAUAAGUCGUGGUCUUAUUGAAUAAGCAAAAUGUUGGUAAAUGGGCUAUUAGAAUUUUUUCUGAUCUUUGAAAUAUUUCAUGAUCUUUGGAAAAAACUGACAAUAUUAGAACAUUAUAUAUAUGUAUACAUAUAUAUAUAUAUAUUAAGAAACUAAUUAAAUAUUUUGUGUUCAUAAUCACUAAUAAUAAUUUUAAAUACUGAGAAUGAAAUUGUAUGAAUUUUUACUAUUGGUUUGAUGUAUAUCCUGGUAAGAAUGUGUUUUAUCUGUUUAUCUGUUAGUUGUUUUUAUGGGAUUGACAUUAGUUAUUUUAAUUUCAUUUUGUUACGGUAGUCCAAUUAAACUUAAAUUGAAUAUCAUUUCAGGACGAAGCAUUGAAUUUGGGGAUUUAUUUUUAAAAUUAGGAUUUUGCUACAAUUGUAAAAAUGAUGUCUUUCAGAUAUUUGGGAAUUCCAUCUCAUAAUAAUAAUCUUACACUUUCGACCCAAAAUCUGGGAUUUGUAGAUGUAUGGAAUCCUGCUAAAUUCACAACCUGUAUUAUACAUUGUAGAACUGGUUGCCUUAAUUAAUGUAGACUGGAAAAUCAGCAAAAUAUAUUUUUACUAAAUUUACAUAAAUUUACAUUUAUUCCUUUUUGUAUGUAUGCAUUUCUAUUUUGUGUUUUUAGGGAUUUUUUUCUGAUUUACAUCUUGCACAGUAGCCACAAAUCAAACAGAAAGCUAUAUUUGGAAUGUUUUUAUUAUGUUUUUAACCAAACACAGUGUGACUGAGGUCAAACAUCCAUUUGUACAUGAUCCAUUUCUGUCUGUUUAUGCAUGAACUAAACAUGCACAUAUCAGUUCAGGGAUGGAAAUAGGAAGUAAAAUAUGACCUGCUGUUACUUUUUAAAAUAGCAGUCAAAAGAAAUUAGUCCUGCUAAGAACAAACAGCUUGGGAUGAGGAGAGGGUUUAAGAAUAUUGUGUGAAAAAUUAAGUUUAAGAGCAUUAUGGAGUUAAAUUAUAAUGACAAGCUAAAUAGCAGAUGAGAUAAUCAUACAUACAUACCUCUCACUGUUUCUCUUUCUGUCUCUCUCUCUCUCUGUCUCUGUCUCUACCGGCCUCGGUGGCGUCGUGGCAGGCCAUCGGUCU